GUGUGUUACUGUGUUAUUGUGUUGUUGUGUUACUGUGAUGUUGUGAGUUAUUGUGUGAGUGUAAGAAGAGGAGGGACCGUCUCCACGCCACCACUGGACACCUGUCAGAGCAGGUGGAGGACUGACGGAUGGAGACCUGAGGCUUCCUGUCGGGUUCUGCCAGCCGUUGGGAAUUUGCUCUCAUCUUUAGAACCGGGUCGGUUCUGAUCCGAACCUCGCGGGCUGCUGCAGGCGGGAGGAGUUUGCUGGCGGUACCUGAAGCAGCGACAGGAUCAUGGCAGACUUCCCCUCCAAGGUCACCACCGAGACCAGCUCCCCCCACUCCCAGAGCCCCCCCCACGGGGGCACCGGCCUCCGGGGGCUGAUGGCCGGCAUCACGACCCGGGUGGACGUGUCGUUUGUGCGAAGCGUCCCAGCCAUGCUGAUGGUGGCUGAAACAGUGGCGGGGGUUCUCCACUGGGCGCUGGUGGCCAGCACGCCUUACCUGGCGGUGAGCGCGGCGUACGGCUGGGUGAUGUUUGUGGCCGUCACGCUGUGGAUCUUCUCCACCCUCCUCUUCCUCGCCCUGCUGCUCAGCGUCCCGCAGAGACUCCCCGUGGUUCCCUGGGCCGUGACGGUGAUGAUGUACAACGGCGUCGCCGCGCUCCUCUACCUCACCGCCUUCAUCGCCAACGCAGCCACGGCGGCCAACAGCGCCUACGUAGGACACCUUGGAGCUGCUGCUUUCUUCGGGGCGGCGCUGACUCUGCUGUACGGCGCCAGUGCUUACCUGUCCUACCUGGACUGGAGGGGCGAUGGAGGAAAUGCAGCCAGCAGCACGGUGCCCACCUAGAACCCAGGGAGGUUCUCCUCCAGGCUGAGCCAAGCUUUAGAUGAUUUCUCCAAAUUCACCUUCAUCCACUUGUGAACAAAGUUUACCAGGAAUUAAUCUGAGUCUCAUGUUGACUUCCUGUUUCAUUGAAUCCAGACGAAUCUAACCUGAAUCAGCCCCCCCCCCCCCCCCUUAAAGGUUACUUUCUGGACAGGAAGUUUGUGGUGCGGUUUUCACAAUAAAGGACUCACAGCUGCUAA